UCUCUUGGACUUCAUCAUUGUAAGUCCCGCCCUCUUUUGAAUAAGUAAUUAGGCUACAAACUUCCUUGUUCCGAAGGGUGAAAUUUCCAAUGUCGCAAGCAAGAGGGGUGAAAUUAGGUAGCCUUCUAUUGGCAAGACAACAUGGAAGAAACGUAAAUCCCUGGCUACUGUGCCAACCUUCAUGUUACAUGGGGAGCAAAAGUGCUCUGUCACCAGCCCUCGGCCAUCCAGGCGAUAUUCAGCUACAGGGGAUUUUGGAUGAGUUAAAGAUGCCUUUCUCCCGUGCGGCGAUAGGGAAUUUUUUCCAACAAAUGCCUUCUUUAGGAAACCAGUUCUUAGAGGAUGCUCUGCUCCAAAGUUACCUAAAGAGGCACCUUCCUCCUCAGGUUCUCAGUGAGAUGAGUCAGGACUGUAAACGAUUCGCUCAACGCUUAGUGGAGGAAAUAGAUUCUCUAGGAAGGGACUGUGAGCUGAAUCCACCACGCUUACAGCAGUACGAUGCCUGGGGACGCAGGGUGGAUCAGAUUAUUACCUGCUCAGCUUGGAAGAAAAUGAAAGAACUUUCAGCAGAGGAAGGUCUGGUUGCAGAAGCGUAUGAGAGGAGAUAUUCCAGCUGGAGCCGUCUUAUCCAGGUUGUCAAGCUCUAUCUGUAUUCUCCAUCUGCUGGACUCUUCACCUGCCCCCUAGCUAUGACUGAUGGCGCUGCCAAGGUUAUUGAGUCUCUGGGUGUCCCAGAACCAUUGCAGGAUGCCUAUAAACAUUUGACUUCAAGAAAUCCCAGCAAUUUCUGGACCUCUGGACAGUGGAUGACAGAACGCAGGGGAGGUUCAGAUGUAGCGGGUGGUACAGAAACUAUUGCACACAGACAGGACGAUGGCACAUAUAGGUUACGUGGCUACAAGUGGUUUACAUCUGCCACAGACUCGAACAUGAGCUUGACCUUGGGCAGAGUAGUGGACAACCAUGGUAACACAGUGCUUGGAACUAAAGGACUCUCUCUGUUUUAUCUGGAAGUACGAGAUGCUGAAGGAAAUCUAAAUGGAAUUGAAGUUCAAAGGCUUAAGGAAAAGCUUGGUACUCGGCAAGUACCAACUGCUGAGCUGCUGCUGGAUGGAGUUAAAGCCCUGAAGAUUUCCCCUGAAGGCCGCGGUGUGGCUUCUAUCUCCAGCAUGCUGACUAUAACCCGCAUCUAUAAUACCAUCUUUGCUGUAGCAGGAAUGAGGAGAAUAAUCAAUUUGGCAAGGGAUUAUGCAGCUAAACGAUUUGUCUUUGGGAAACUGAUAAAGGAUCAUCCCCUUCAUAUCCAGACCAUGGCACGAAUGGAGGUUGAGGCUCGUGGAGCUUUUCUUAUCAUGAUGGAGAUUUCUAGGCUUCUGGGACUGGAGGAAACAAACAUGGCAACAGAGCAGGAUCAGCUUCUCCUUCGCCUGUUAAUUCCUGUCACUAAAUUGUAUACUGGCAAGCAGGCCCUUUCAGUUAUAUCGGAGGGUCUGGAAUGCUUUGGUGGACAGGGAUACAUGGAGGACACAGGACUGCCUGUUAUGCUGAGAGAUACUCAGGUUCUGACUAUCUGGGAAGGGACGACAAACAUCUUGUCUUUAGACGUGCUGCGUUCCGUCAUCAAGAGCAAAGGGGAAGUGCUAAGUGCAUUGUUUUCAGUUACCCAGGAAAAACUAGAUGCUGCAUCUUGUGUCCCUAGCUUGUCCCAGGCAGCAAAGCACACACUGAGAGCUUUAAACAAACUUAUGGCCUUCACCCAGCAAGCAGGACAGCGCGGGGGCAACUAUAUGGAGCUUGCUGCACGAGACUUCGCUUAUAGCCUGGCUAAGAUCUAUAUCGGUACUCUUUUACUGGACCAUGCAGCCUGGAAAGGGGCAUCAGCUACAGACAUCUACUGUGCUCAGAGGUGGAGUGACCAGGAUCUCUGCCCUGUGGAUACUGCCAUGGAAUCAGGCUGUUAUGACCCUGAGUCAGUGUCCCUAGACAGACAGCUAGUGUAUGACAAUAGCCCUCUUUUAAAAGGAAAAUUAUAAAAAUUGACCUCGGCAACAGUAAGAUUGACCCAUCAUUUUUAAUUUUGCUCAAAAUGUGCAAUAGAAAAUGAUAGUAGUAUAAUUCAAGAGGAUAAUGUAUCGCCUUCUGGAAUAUAUAAAAGGCUAUUACAAGUAAGAAGUUUGGUGACCAUAGAAUAAUACAAGGCUGCUGGGCAAGGGGCCAUAAUAUCCCAAUUCUUGAAUUACCCCAUUAAUUUCUGAAUGCCGGAUAAAUAUCCAAAAUUGGAUCAAAUCUUAAACUUCAAAUAACUAAGGAUAUAUAGAAAUUACUUUAACUCAAAAAGCCACUUUGUCCCAUUGAUAAGGAAAUAGAUGCAAUCUUAAAUGGUUCCAGUUCUAAUGUAAUGUGCAUCACUCCCACCUGCACCAAGUUGGAACAGCCGUGUUGGAAUCUACAUUCUACAGUGAGGAACACUGAAACAUGAAGGGACUGCAAAGCACCAGUCACAGCACUACCCCCACAGUGCCCACAGCAACAAAGAUAGCAAAUGUAUCAUGCAGGAACACAAGUACAUCACGUGGGUAGUACCAACACAUGCCUCUGAACACUCUUCUUUCUGCACAUAAAUGAGUGCUUUUCAGCUUACUAUGGGCAUUGUUUUGACAGCAGCACAGUUAGUGCUGAUUAUAGUAUGUACUGUUGGAAAAAUGUCAGUAGGGCAGCAAUUUGUACAUCUCUAAGUUUAAAACAGCUUAUUCUGACAUCAGAACAUGCCAUUUAUAAAGAUUUAAUUUACAAGAUGUACAAUGUUUGAUUGUAUAAUACAGUUAAUAAAAGCAGUCAAUUUAUAUUAA